AUGUCGAAAGCCAAGACCUUUGCGGAACUGCCCAAAUGGGAGGAGCUCGAGAAUAAGUUGCGCUUCUGGCCUGCGGAGCCUGGCAGCAAGGAGGAGGGCUUGGGCAUGCUCAGGUAUUUGACUCCAGAGCAUGUUGCAGAAGUGGCGAAGAAUGAGAUCAAGUCUGGCGAUCGUGUCUGCCUCAACUGGUCGAUGUUGAAGUUGGAAACCCCGGUACCAGGCUUCAAUCGAUUCGCAUGCGAGCACGAGAUUGUGCCCAUUCCCAACUACGAGGGAAUCGCAUGGGACGACAUCUGGCGCUUCAACCCCCAGGCCUCCUCGCAGUGGGAUGGUUUCCGCCACUUUAGCGCCGAAAUCGACGAUGGUACCCGCCGGUGGUAUGGCGGCACGACCUCUGACGAGAUUAGCAAGAUGGAGAGCGACCGGAUUGGCAUUGGCCACUGGGCGCAGGACGGGAUUGCUGCUCGUGGUAUCUUGAUUGAUUACGUGUCUUAUUGCGAGAAGAAGGGACAAGAAAUCAACGGCAUGAACGGCCACGCCAUCACGCUCGAAGAAGUCCACGAGAUCGCCAAGGAGUGCAACAUUGAAUUCAAGCACGGCGACAUCUUCUUCCUGCGCUGCGGCUUCACCAAGACCUGGGAAUCCAUCAGCCUCGACCAGAAGAAGGAGUACCGCGCCCUGACGCAAGCGCACAAGCACCGGCACACGGGUCUUAUCCAGAGCGAGGCCGUGGCCAAGUUCAUGUGGGACAACCACAUUGUCGCUGUUGCUGGCGACGGCGUCUCAUUCGAAGUGCGUCCCAACCGCAACAACGAGUGGUCCAUGCACAACUACUGCCUUGCCGGCUGGGGUGUUCCCAUUGGCGAGAUGUUCGACCUCGAGCGCCUGGCCGAGCUGUGCAAGAAGCUCAACCGAUGGACGUUCUUCGUCACCUCGAGCCCGCUCAACCACCCGCGCGCCGUGUCGUCUCCGCCCAACAUCAUGGCACUCUUCUAG